AAAACAGUGAGGGUCUUUCUUCAUUUUACCAGAGCAUCGAUGAUUUUAACCAAAGAACAUGUCUCGCUGGCACGGAACUUUGCUUCUUGCUGUUGUGUUCACAGCUCACAGUUGUGAUUGCAACGACUCAAACAGAACUGAAGUUUUAAACAUAGGAGAUAUGUUAAUGCCAACGGUAAAGAAAAAUAUUAAUGUUUGCCAAAACGUCUAUACCGGUGGAAAAACAGUUGCGUUACCAUGGACAAUAACAAGCACCAGUGACGGUGGAUUAUACAGAUGUUUGGCUAUCAAAAAUCUGAAUGAUUCAAUCGAGCCUACGGAAUAUUAUGUAAUGGUUUUCAUACGUCAUGAAGUGUCUAGUGUAAUUGCAUCAGGUGAUAUAUGUGCGGAUAACAGCUCUUCAAAUUCAAUGUGCUUAACAAUUGAGGAAGGAGCGAGCACAACUCUUUGGUGCAACGCAACUGAUGGCUACCCAACCCCUAUAGUGAGAUGGUUUAUACGUGAAAUCGACGAAAUCGAAUAUAAAGGCAACAAAUUCAAUGUCAUAACAGACACAGAUCUUGGUAUCGAAGGACCGUUACUCAUUCAUAAAAUUUCUUAUGAAUGCACCUCUCUUCUUGUUUGUAAAGUCGGGAAUUACGUUAAUAAAAUAAAGGAAUCAGCGGUGGAAAAGUUGAUAAAGGUUUACGUUAGGCCUAAGUAAGCAGAUCAUAAAAUUAGGAACCAUUAUUACAUGUUAGAAUCACCGUAUCCAUGUGUUGCUGCUUAACCCAGACAUUAGAAAGGAACAUGUCCUUUUCCAUUUGUUCGGUCUGCAGAGAUAUCGCCAACUUUCAACGCGAAUGACCGUUCAUUAUCCACUCUUGGAAUCGGAGGACACUCAUAAAAAAACCAUAGUGUGCAGUAUGAACUUAAAAUUAUAAAAAAAAAUGUAAUAAGAAUUAUAUCAA